AUGCUUUCGCGAAAUGCGCCUUCUGCAAAGGCAGCCUCUACACUUUCAACCCGAAUCCUAUCUACUUCUACAACAACAGCACGAUUAACACCUUCGAUUUCUUCGAUACAACAAUCUAGAGGACUUGCCACAGUCGCAGAUACACCACCUCCACCAAAGAAGACACAAUGGGGUGGAUUAAGAGAUCAAGAUAGAAUCUUUCAAAACUUAUAUGGGCAUCACGGAGCGGAUCUUGCGAGUGCGAAAAAAUAUGGUGAUUGGCACAGAACGAAGGAUAUUCUCGCAAAGGGUCAUGAUUGGAUCAUCUCCGAAAUCAAGGCUUCUGGUUUGAGAGGUCGUGGUGGUGCUGGAUUUCCUUCUGGUAUGAAAUGGUCAUUCAUGAACUUCAAAGGAUGGGAAAACGACAACAAACCAAGGUAUCUCGUCGUAAACGCAGAUGAAGGAGAACCCGGAACUUGCAAAGACAGAGAAAUUAUGCGAAAGGAUCCUCACAAACUUAUCGAAGGAUGUUUAGUUGCAGGAAGAGCAAUGAACUGUACGGCCGCAUAUAUCUAUAUUCGUGGAGAAUUUUAUCACGAAGCUACUGUUUUACAACGUGCGAUUCAAGAAGCAUACAAAGAUGGAUUAAUCGGAAAGAAUGCUUGCGGUAGUGGAUAUGAUUUCGAUGUCUAUGUUCAUCGUGGAAUGGGAGCUUACGUUUGUGGUGAGGAAACAUCUUUGAUUGAAUCACUCGAAGGUAAACCAGGAAAGCCUCGUCUUAAGCCACCUUUCCCUGCUGCUGUCGGUCUUUUCGGAUGUCCCUCAACCGUGGCAAAUGUCGAAACUAUUGCUGUUGCACCAACAAUUUGUCGAAGAGGUGGAGAUUGGUUCGCUUCCUUUGGUAGAGAAAGAAAUGCCGGUACAAAACUCUUCUGUAUCUCUGGUCAUGUUAACAACCCAUGUACCGUUGAAGAAGAGAUGAGUAUUCCUCUUAGAGAACUCAUUGAUAAACAUUGUGGUGGUGUUCGUGGAGGUUGGGAUAACCUUAAAGCUGUCAUUCCUGGAGGAUCAUCUACACCAAUUUUACCAAAGGAUGUUUGUGAUGAUCAAUUGAUGGAUUUUGAUGCACUGAAGGAUAGUCAAUCUGGUCUCGGAACAGCAGCAGUCAUUGUUAUGGAUAAGAGUACUGAUGUCGUACGUGCCAUCUCAAGAUUGAGUCAUUUCUAUAGACAUGAAUCUUGUGGUCAAUGUACACCAUGCAGAGAAGGUAGCAAGUGGACUGAACAAAUCAUGAAAAGAUUCGAAAAGGGUCAAGGUAGAGUUCGUGAGAUUGAUAUGUUACAAGAACUUACAAAACAAGUCGAGGGUCAUACUAUUUGUGCUCUCGGAGAAGCUUUUGCUUGGCCCAUUCAAGGUCUUAUUAGACAUUUCAGACCAGAAUUGGAGGCAAGAAUGAAGGAUUAUGCAGAGAAGAAUGGAGGUUCAGCAUUGGCUGGUGGUUGGGACAAUAAUGCAUUGCAACAAGGUAAACUUAUCUCACCUGGGCAAUAAAUUAGGGAGUGAAGCGGAGCAUGGAUUGGGAAGUGAAUGGAAUGAUCGAUUGUUCAUAGGGGGGAUGUAAAUGUAUUUAUUGAUAUCAAGCA